AUGAUAUGCCCUGAUACCCAAGCCCUAGGCCUGCAGGAGGAGCCCUCUGAAGCUAUUGACCCCAUAUCACUAACUCCCCUGGUCCUGCCAACUGUGGUUUUCUUCAGCACAGUAAUGUCUAUGCUUUACCACAUUGGAUUCAUGCAGUGGCUCGUUGGAAAGGUUGGUUGGAUAAUGCAGAUUUUCAUGGGGACAACUCCUGUUGAGUCUCUGGUAGCUGCGGGUAACAUAUUUGUGGGACAGACAGAGUCUCCUCUCCUGGUACGGCCCUACUUACCAUACAUCACCAAAUCUGAACUCCAUGCAGUCAUGACAGCUGGGUUCUCAACAAUUGCUGGAAGUGUCUUAGGAGCAUAUAUUUCUUUUGGGGUUUCGGCUUCUCACCUACUGACUGCCUCUGUCAUGUCAGCACCAGCAUCGUUAGCCACCUCCAAACUAUUCUGGCCUGAAACAGAAAAGCCUACAGUAACUCUGAAGAGUGACUUACAAAUGGCAAAAGGUGAAUCAAAGAACCUGCUGGAAGCAGCCAGUCAAGGUGCCUCUACCUCCAUCCUGCUGGUGGCGAACAUCACCGUGAAUCUCAUUUCUUUCCUUGCCCUGCUGGCUUUCCUUGACUCUGCCCUUUCUUGGGUGGGCAGUAUGUUUGACUAUCCACAACUGAACUUUGAGAACAUUUGUGCAUAUGUCUUCAUGCCAUUCUCUUUCAUGAUGGGGGUAGACUGGGAAGACAGUUUUAUUGUCGGUGGACUACUAGGUUACAAAACUUUCUUCAAUGAAUUUUUGGCUUAUGAGCGACUCUCAGAACUGAUUCACAACCGAGAAAAGGGUGGGAGCAUGUACGUUAAUGGUGUGAAACAGUACAUGACUGUUCGCUCUGAAGUCAUUGCUACCUAUGCUCUUUGUGGGUUUGCCAACUUUGGCUCCCUGGGACUGGUCAUAGGAGGCCUGACAAGCAUUGCACCUUCAAAGAAAAAGGAAAUAGCUGGUGGUGCUUUCAGAGCGAUGAUUGCCGGAACAGUCGCCUGCUUCAUGACAGCCUGUGUUGCAG